ACAUGGUAUAACAAAAGCUGACUGGUGUGAAACAUACCAAGCAUCACUGUCUACAGCUGGCAUGUCAAGAUUUAUGUUCUCUUCCGGUUAAGCGUUCACCAUGGGUCGCGUCAGAACUAAAACGGUUAAAAAAGCCGCUAAGGUCAUCAUUGAAAAGUACUACACACGUUUGACUUUAGAUUUUCAUACCAACAAACGUAUUUGUGAAGAAGUCGCUAUAAUUCCUACAAAGCCACUAAGGAAUAAAAUUGCAGGCUAUGUUACACAUUUGAUGGGCCGUUUGCGUCACUCUCAAGUUCGUGGUAUUUCCAUUAAGUUGCAAGAAGAAGAACGUGAACGCCGCGACAAUUACGUACCUGCUGUGUCUGCAUUAGAGCAGGACAUCAUAGAAGUUGAUUCUGAUACAAAAGAAAUGCUGAAGCUAUUGGACUUCCAUAAUAUUCGUGGACUGCAGCUUACACAGCCGUCUACGGGUGGAACAUUUAACAGGAGAAAUUAAUGUUUGUGUUUGACGAAAGUUGAAAUACAUCUUCAGUAAAACCGCCCGUA